UCAUUUUCAUAAAGUUCGUGCUGAACGCAUAUCGUGUUUUUAAUAUAAUAAUCAAAUUUUGUGUAUUUUAAAUAAUCCAGAUUUUGCUGUUAUUUAUUAUUUAUAAUUAAUUAUAAUUUAAACAAACAUUUUUUCGAUCAUGUUGGCUAUUCAUUUCCUGUCUAUAUUUAUUUUUAACUUAAAGUUUUCAAAAUGUGGAGAAUCGGGCCGAGUAAUAAAUGGCACUAAGGCUACUUUUGGUCAAUUCCCUUUCAUGGUUGCCUUAAUAGAAAGAAGCGCAGAAAAUUGUAAGGUGAACUGUGCAGGAACUCUCAUUACCGAGCUGAAUAUUCUGACGGCGGCAAAAUGUUUCAGAAAGCCAGGAGCAGUGGCUAACAAUUUCGCCUUUGCAGGUGACAUUGAUGUUGGGGAGGUGGUAGAUAUUCCACCAAGUAGGCAAGUUCGAACCAUAGUAAGAGCCACUACUCAUCCAAGUGCGUUCCGCAACUUACCUAAGACAAACUCAGCCUUCGAUGUGGCUGUUCUCGAAGUGAUAGCUCCAUUCAAGCUAACACAAUAUGCCAACCUUGCUGCAGUGGCGCCUAAUGAUUUACCAAAUUUAUCAUAUUGUAUGGGACUGGGAUUUGGCAAGAUUGGUGAUAAUGCACCAAGCGGAAAAUUACAUUAUGGAAGGUUACGUAUAGACCGGUCCAUAUGCAAAUGCCCUUGUUGUUACUGUAUUUAUUCUACAGAAGUGGAAAUGCCUGCGAAUGAUCUUGGAAGCCCCCUGCUUAGCCAUCUUGAUGAGCACCAGUCCCCUCGAUAUAUAUAUGGACUACUCUCCUCAGGUUACACAGAUAAAUCGGGAAUGUUAUAUUAUGAAUAUCCCAGACUAUCGAAUCUGAAUAAAUGGAUCAACAUGCAAUUGAACAAGUCCCAUGAAGUACCAAUGAGCAGUGCAAGCGUAUUGAAGCUGGGAGGCAUUCACCUGAUGGGAAUAUAUAUUCUUGACCAGAUUGCAUAAAGUAUUAUCCACAUUAAUCUACCAAAUCCCGGGACGCUUCGUAACGAAUCGGGUCAAAUGGCGUUGUUCUUUAAUUUACUCAGGACCUUCAUAAAGCUGUAUCGAAUAAUAUCCAAUAUGUGCUUAUAUUCCCUUAUGAGGAGAGGCAGAAUCCGGGAAUAGUCUACUUGUAAGAGGUAAAGGAAAGGAAAGGAGAUAUCUUGACGAAAGGGCUUACUAUGAUUAUACAUGGCGUAGAGUAUUGACUGAGAAUCAAUUGAAAUAGCUGGUGGUGAAAGAGUUUUUGCUUUGAAAGGUGUUGUUCCUUUUCGGACUUGCUGUUUCAUAUAUUCCUGUCUACAACUUUUAUUUUAUAAGAUUUUACAUAUAUAUUUUCAAUAAAAAAAAUAACUUAUCUUUGAUUACAUAUA